AGGCCGGGGACAAGAAAAGCGGGCUGCAACAGAACCAACAUUUCUCUUCAUCGUCGUCCUCUGACAUUCCCCGCCCCCCUCCCGCCCCUUCCGCGCAUUCCACUCCUACGCCCGCGACCACCAUGUUCGCCACGCUCCUUUCGUCCACGCUCUUUUUCGCCCUUGCGAUCCAGUCCGCGACCGCAGAGUUCUCCAUUGACACCCCUACCUUGACUCAGUGCCAAGACGUCCAGUUUGGCUGGCAGGACACCGGCGCUGGCCCCUACAACCUCCUCGUUGUUCCUGGUGACGACCCCUGCAGCGACGUUGUUGCUGAUCUCGGUGACCACGAUGGCACCAGCAUGACCUGGAAGGUCAACCUCGCCGCUGGCACGAAGGUUAUGUUCUCUCUUGAAGAUAACAACGGUGACGAAGCCUGGUCUGGCGCUAUGACCGUCCAGGGCAGCGAUGACUCUUCUUGCCUGCCCCAGGCAUCCUCCUCCGCUGCCUCCAGCUCCACUGCCAGCUCCUCUGCUGCUUCCUCCAGCGCCGCCCCCACGACGUUGGUCGUAUCUGCCAACCCGACCAAGGCGGCAACCACCGCCGCCGCGACGACCUCGAGCGGCUCCGCCGUCCCCGUGGGCGCCGCCAACGCAGGCUUCAACCCCACCUCCGGUGCCUUCUCCGCCCGCCAGUUGAGCACGCCCGCCCUGGUCCUGGGUGCCCUCGGCGCACUCGUCGCACUCGCCUGAGUUCCCGGGCCCCCCUGUCCCCCAAUCCGUGUAUACCCAAACCCCCCUUGCACUUUCUAUGAUUCUGUAUCCUGGAGAUACACGUGUACACCACUGUCUCCGUCUCCAGGGAAGGGCUGGUUGAUUUACUCUUACUUGGCGUCUAUGGAGAAGUCUAUAGUGGAUCUGAUAUUGAUUGAUCUUUUUCUUGAUCUUGGUGAUUUAUUGAGGUAUUUUAAGAGCUCGAAGGGUACCGGUGUCAGUGGUUUCUUGGAAUUGUUUGUAUAUUGUCAAUAUACUACCAGCGAAUCGUGGUAUUUCGCCCUCGGGCGAUGGAUGUCACGACCAGACGACAACGUACCUACUACGACCUUGGAGACCCUGUACUGAAACCUGCAGAAACUGCAAUAUCUACACCCUGACCCGCUAUCGUGAGUUGCGCAAUAUGCCGUCAGCAAUAGACGGAAAUAAUCGAACAUGACCUUCGUCUACUAUAACAUUCAAGUUGCG